AUGAGGUUAUAUUCCACUCUGCCUAUGAGCUUCGCUGCGCUCCUGGCGACGAGUCCCGUUACCGCACACCCCCAACCAGAUCAUCCGAGUGCUGUCCAACUCAGCAUACGCACAUCCGCUGCCGGCGCGUCCAUCGCCCACAGCCCCUCCUUCUCAUCCUUCUCGUUCGAACCAGCCUUCUGGGUCGAUUUCUUCGGCAACGCCAGCUCGCCAAACGCCCUCACGUUCCGCCUACUAGAUCUCAUCCACCAGCAUGGCGGCGCCCCCAUCAUCCGCCCCGGCGGCAUCACCAUGGACAGCAUGAUCUUCAACGCGUCCGCCUCGCCGGGCGACUCCGUGCGCGACGUCAGCACCACCGGUGGCGUCUACAGGACCACCGUCGGCCCGGCGUACUACGAGAGCUGGUCCAACUUCCCCAACGGAACCAAGUUCGUCUCGACGCUGAACUUUGGCAACGACAGUCUCGAUAUUGCUUUAGGGUUAGCAGUGGCAUCGGUGAUCUAUCAGAGGGAGCUGGUCGAGUACUUCGAGCUCGGGAACGAGCCUACCAACUACCCCAGCUCGAGAUGGAACGAUAGCACCGCGGCGUACGUAGCCCAGUGGAAGAAUUGGACCGCUGCGAUCGACGCUGCUGUGAACUCUACCGUAGGCGCGUCGUCUGAUGCAGCACAGCUUGGUUACGGUAGCGAGCGAUGGUGGGCAUCCUCAGCCACAACAGACAUCACAGGUCUCAAAGUCAAACCAGCAGACAUCAUCCCCUUCGGCAUCGACUCCAUGGACCAAGUAGCCGAGUACAGCAUCCACUCGUACCCCUUCUCGACGUGCGACCCCGCGCGCGCCGCCCUCGCCACGAUCGCCAACAUCCUCAACCACACCUAUCUAGCUUCGUACGCCGACACCUCCAUCCUGCCCUCGGCCCUUGCCGCCCUGGACGCCGGCAGCUCGUGGACGAUCGGCGAAUUCAACAGCAUAUCCUGCUCCGGCGCCCCCAACGUCAGCGACACGUUCGCGCAGGCACUAUGGGUCAUCGACAGCGAGCUCAUCUACGCCGUGCGCAACGCGAGCUCUUGCCACCUGCACCAAGGCGCCACGCUGGCGUUCCAGAGUGGCGACCAGGUCAACACGCCCGGCGCAAACGGCACACCCGGGUUUUCGACUUACGAUAUGGUUUACCCUGAGACAAGCGAGUUGAGGGGUGCGGCGAGGGUCCUGCCGAGCUUUGCCGGGCUGUUGUUCCUUGCUGAGGUGUUUGCUACGGAUGGGACUAGGAUUGUUGAGGUUGGGGCGCCGGAGGGGGUUGAUGCGGAUUACUUUGCUGCUUAUGCGCUCUAUGAGGGGGGUGGAGAUGGUGUGUUGAGCAAAUUGGCUGUCGUGAAUUUGCGGCCUUAUUAUGCUAAUUUGACGACUGACUACACCGUCAGCAUAGAUAUCUCGGCGCACAUCAUGGGAGGAGCUUUAAACCCUAAACAUCACGGACCGCAACCGCACUACGGUGGAGAUGCAACUGCAACGCAGGCAUACGUCAAAAGGCUGACGGCCCCGUAUGUCGACGCCAAGGACGCAGCGGACGUGACGUGGGCGGGUCAAUCGUUCGCUAAUGGCAGCGCCAUUGGGCAGGUACGGAAGGAAGUCGUGGGUGAUGAUGGUAUUGUCAGUGUUAGGGGGAGCGAGGCGGUGCUUGUAUUUUUAUAG